AUGCUGAAGCUUAAAGGAGAAUUGAGAGCUGCCAAAGACCUGAAAAAUGAGGCUGGAGAGAGAGAUAGAGAAGUGAACAGCCUGAACAGCAAGCUCUUGAGCCUACAACUUGACAUCAAGAAUCUGCAUGAUGUCUGCAAGAGACAAGGGAAGACCUUGCAGGAAAAUCAACUCUGUGUGGAAGAGGCAAUGAUCAACAACCAUAGCAAGCAGCAAGCACAGGGCUUAGUAUUUGAAGAGUCGCAGAUGGAGUUUGGGUCCAGUAAGCAGUGUCACCUGAGACAACUCCAGCAGUUGAAGAAAAAAUUGCUGGCCCUGCAGCAGGAGCUGGAGUUCCGCACAGAAGAGCUUCAGGCGACAUACUGUUCCCUCCUGCAGUACCAGUCCAUCCUGAAGAAGGAGACUUCAGACCUGGUCCUCCUCCACCACCACUGCAAGCUCAAAGAGGACGAGGUGAUUCUCUAUGAGGAAGAAAUGGGAAGUCAUAAUGAGAACACAGGAGAAAAGCUCCACUUGGCCCAGGAGCAGCUUGCCUUGGCUGAGCACAAGAUUGUCUCCCUGGAGAGGAGCUUAAACCUUUACAGGGACAAAUACCAGACUUCCCUGAGCAACAUCGAGUUACUGGAGUGCCAAGUGAAGAUGCUGGAAGGAGAGCUUAGCGGGCUCAUCAGUCAGGAGCCGGAGAACAAGGGUGACCACUCCAAGGUGCGUAUCUACACAUCCUCCUGCAUGAUUCAAGAGCAUCAGGAAACCCUGAAACGACUCUCCGAAGUCUGGCAGAAGGUUUCUGAGCAGGACGACCUCAUCCAGGAGCUUCGAAACAAGCUGGCCUGCAGCAAUGCUUUGGUGCUGGAACGUGAAGAGGCUUUAAUAAAAUUACAAGCCGACUUUGCUUCCUACACAGCCACCCACAGACAUCCUCCCAGCUCCUCCGAAGACUGUGAAGACAUCAAAAAGAUACUAAAGCACUUGCAGGAGCAGAAGGACAGCCAGUGCCUGCAUGUGGAGGAGUACCAGAACCUUGUGAAGGACCUGCGCAUGGAGCUAGAAGCUGUGUCAGAGCAGAAGAAAAACAUCAUGAAGGACAUGAUGAAGCUGGAGCUGGACUUGCACGGACUGCGGGAAGAGACAUCUGCACACAUUGAGCGGAAAGACAAGGAGGCUCUCCUCCUGCAACACCGACUGCAGGAGCUGCAGUUGCAGUUCACGGAGAACCAAAAGCUGGCUUUGAAGAAAGACAAGUUACUCCAAGAGAAAGAUGAAAUGCUACAUGAACUAGAGAGGAAACUGACUCAGAUUCAAAACAAUGUCAUGAAAAAAGAGAUGGAGCUGGAGAAGCAGCUAGCUCGAACAACAGAGCUCGAAGUGACCGUUAAGGAGGCAAAGCAAAACAACUCCAAGGCGGAGUGUGGGGCCCUGCGGGCUGAGGUGGAGAAGCUGAAGGACAGUCUCGAAGAGGCCAAACAGCAGCAGAAGCUGGCAGCUCAGCAGGUAACCCAGUAUAAGGAAGAAGCCAGGCUGGCCCAGGUCAGCCUGGAGGAUGCUCAGAGGAAACUGCAAAGCUGCAUUUUCCUGGACAAACAGAAGGCAGAAACCAUCCAGGAACUACAGAAAAACCUCCAGAAGCUGCAGAAGGAAUUCACCAUGGCUGAGGAGGAGCUCACAGUCAACAGGAAACGGGUAGAGGAGCUGACAUUUGAGUUCUCUGAGGCCCUGAGGAAGAAUGAAAGUUGUGAGAAAGAGAACAGGCAGCUUCGUAAGACAGCAGAGGAACAAGAGAUGAAAAUAAAUGACAUGUUAGAUCGUAUCCAACUCAUUCAGCACCAGCAAAGGGAGCUGGCCGCUGCCAAAAGCAAGCUGGAAGAUGAUCUCCAGGAGGCAACAAAGUCGCUGGAGGAGAAACGGGAGCAACUGAAAAAGAGCAAAGAUCGGGAGAAGUUGCUGGAGGAGGAACUUGAGGCUUUGCGAGAGGAAGAGAAGAAGAAAGAGAAAAUGUUGAAGGAGAAUUUGAGAAAGAUGGAAGAGGAAAAUGAGAAUAUCCGAAAAGAGGUGAUGCGUUACUCUACACAACUGGAAGCCACCAUCAGCAAAUACAAUGCCAGCAAGCAAGUCAUCGAGGAGUUGAAUAUAGAGAUAAACCGCCAGAAGGAGAACAUUGCCAGCCUGAAGACCCAGCUGGAGAAGGCGGAGGAGAAAGAGAGGCACUUACUUCAGACCAUGGUGACAAGAGAGACCUAUGAGGAGUUAUCCCGGAAGUCGGGUGCCUGCCAGGAUGACCUGACGCAAGCCCUGGAGAAGCUCAACCAUGCGACCUCAGAGACAAAGAGCCUGCAACGAAGCUUGCUGCAGGCGCAAGACAAGAAGGCUCACCUGGAAGAUGAAAUCCUCGCCUAUGAGGACAGGAUGAAAAAGCUCAAUAUGGAAUUGAAAAAACUGCAGGGCUUCCACCAGCAGAGUGAGCUAGAGGUGAACACCUUUGACAAGAAGCUAGAGGAGAUGAGCAACCAAGUGCUGCAGUGGCAGAAGCAGCACCAAAAUGACCUCAAGAUGCUGGCAGCCAAAGAGCAGCAGCUCAGGGAGUUCCAGGAGGAGAUGACCACGCUCAAAGAGAACCUCCUUGCAGACGAGAAGGAGACCUGCUGCCUGCCUCAGCGCUCCGUGCCCAAAGACACCUGCAGGCUCCACCGAGAGAAUGAUCAGAUUAUGUGUAACAUGGAGCAGUGGGCCAAAGAGCAGAAGGUUGCCAAUGAGAAACUCGGAAACAAGCUCCGGGAGCAGGUCAAAUACAUUGCCAAGCUGACUGGUGAAAAGGACCACCUCCACAACGUAAUGAUCCAUCUGCAGCAAGAAAACAAGAAGCUAAAGAAUGAGAUUGAAGACAAGAAGAUAAAAGCCGGGCAUCAGAAGCUUUGCAGCAAAGCGAUAUGCCCUAGCAAAGUGGAGCCCACACAGAAGGGCAAAGUGUGUGGUAUGCUGGGCUGGAGAGGCACGCCCCAGGAUCUGAGCCCCAGGCUGGACUUCACCAAGUACCUCGGGCUGCCCCACUGCUCAGGUUCCUCAUAUUGCUAGACUCAGCAUCUUGGCCUGAGCAUCAUAAGCAUGCGUGAGUUUCAGAGGAUGGUGAGUUGCUACCCCUGUCCUCCUGACCUGAAUCAGCUCUUCAGGAACGUAACAAGGCCCCAACCUAUUUUGCAAGAUGCUAGCAUUGAGUUUUGUCCAAUUCCCUGCAAUGGAGCAAGCUUUGGAACCAUUCCACCACCCCAGGCCCAAAUGGCAAAAUAAAGACAUGAACACAAA